AUGCAUCCACGAGUCUCGGGAACGGCUGAAUCGUGUGGUGCGAGGAUAUGCGUUUUCAGGAUGACUAUGUGUCCUCCGAGUUCUGGGAGGAUAUGCGUUCUCGGGCUGACUACAUGUCCCCCUAGUUUCACGUGGUCAAUGUGUUGGUCAUACACAUGGUUCGACACAGAUUCCAAAGUGGAAUUUGGGUCGGGUCCUAUUAGUGAUGCUCUUGUUGUGUAUGGUACUUUAGUUGAGGAUGCUGAUCUGGUGUAUCACACGCUUCGUGGUCUUCCUAAUAAUUUAAAACCUUUCAUCUACUCGAUUAAGGUUCAAAUCAAUCCAAUCCUUCCUGAUGAAUUGCAUAUUCUUCUUUUGAGUAAGGAGAUAUCUCUUCUUCAAAGGCGUAAACAACCUCAGACUGAAUCGAUUUAUGUUUUUCACAAGACUUCACCUCAAGGCUUUGUUGUGUCGUUUUCUUCCUCUGAUCAUCGUGGUGGUGCUUUCUCUGGUCAUCGUGACGGUUCUUUUCGUGGUGAACAUCAUGGUCGUGGCAGUGACAUUUAA